AUGCUGAACGGGAGAUUUCUGGGAGUUGCCUUUGACUUCGGGCGCGAAGGCAUCUCCGCGCCGCCGCUGCAGCCGCACAUAUGCCAAGGGAACGGCAAGGCCUUCAGCGUCCUCAUGCGGGGUGCUGCGAACCAGGCACCCUUGAGAUUUCCCAUGCGGGGCUUCAGACCACUGGGAUCUGUGCUGGAGAGACACUUCUCACCCUUCAGCAAGGCCGUCGAGCUU